AAUAUAUGAAGAAGGAACGGCAGGGAUCCCUGAACAUCCCUACCUCUUUGAGACUGAUGUAGAGAUCUGUUUGAUUGGUGGUAGUUGCAAAAGUCCCAUUGAAAGAUUUUGGAAUGGAAACAAUAUGAUAUAUAUUUUACAGAAAGCACGACACAAUGAAGAAAGUGACCCAACGGAAGAAUCAAAACCAGAUGAUGCUGUUUAUGCCUCUGAGCUUUUGCCAAAGGAGAGUUCUGAACCAGUGGCUCUUUCUGUCAGAAGAGCAAAGCAGUUGAUUUCCUUAUAUACAAUGGUACAAAAUCCAAACAUGACCCACUUGAAGAUAAAUGAACUGGUUGUGCUUCCUCCCCUCUGGAUAAGGUGUGACGGUUGUGAUCCUGAACAUACUUGCUGGCUUGGAGCUGAGCCUCUCAAAGCUGGAAAGAAAAUCACAGGAAUCAAUUUUUAUAUGGUUACAUGUAAUGGUCCUACAGCUGACAAAGCCUGUUUUGCAAACCUGGAAGAGCUCAAAAUGGCCCAUAAAAUGAAACAUCAUUCAUCUAUUGUGAUGACAAAAGGAUUUGCUCAGUAUGAACUUAUUAGAGCUGCUGCAAUAGAGGACACAAUUGUAGAAUCUGAAAGCAAUAUAUACGUUGAUAUUACGUGGAACAGUGUAGAUAAGAUUCUGGAGACGCCCCCGCUAAUUUCAGCUGCCACACUGAAUAUUACGCUGGAGUCUGGGGACCCCAGAAGCCCUGUAUAUCAGCUGUAUAGAGAACUGCAGUUUCUCCUUGCUUUGGCUGAAGGUUUGAAGACGGGUGUGACGGAGUGGCCCGAGCCCUUAGAGUCUGAAUCAGCUGUUGAACUGGUCCAGGAAUUUCUGACUGAUUUAAAGAGGAAACUGGAUGGAUAUUGUAUAUCUGGAAACAGUGGUGAAACAGAGAAAAUCAAAUGUGACACUGCUGCAGUGGACAGUUCAAUAAAAUCAAUCUUCAGUGAGCGAGGAGACCUGGAUUUUGCUGAACAAUUAUGGUGCAAAAUGAGAAGUGUCAGUUCCUAUCAGGAGUUGAUAGAGUGUUUCACACUGAUCAUAAAGUCCUUGGAACGUGGUGAGAUACAGCCAUGGAUUCAUCAAGGGAGUAGCAGUUUGCUAAGUAAAUUUGUUCAGCAGUCUUAUCAUGGAAAGAUAGAGGUCGUUUCCCUCAGUGGCAUCACUCCAAUUCAAAUGCUCUUGGAGAUUGGUUUGGAUAAGAUGAAGAAGGAUUACGUCAGUUUUUUCAUAG